AUGUUGGACUUGCUCGCUACUUUUCAGGCACUUCCGAUGUGGCAGCAAGUAAUCGGCGGUAUUUUUCUGGCGAUUUUCUUGUCUGUUGUUGUCAAUGUGCUCUCGCAAGUACUCCUGCCUCGCAAUAAGUCGCUGCCCCCUGUCGUGUUCCACUGGUUCCCGGUGAUUGGUUCCGCCGUGACGUAUGGCAUGGACCCAUACCGCUUUUUCUUUGAGUGCCGUGAGAAGUACGGUGAUGUGUUUACGUUCAAGUUACUGGGUCGAAACCUUACUGUGGCUCUUGGUCCAAAGGGCUCAAAUUUAGUGUUCAAUGGUCGUCUGAACCAGGUUUCCGCAGAAGACGCGUAUACGUCCCUUACCACACCCGUCUUUGGUAAGGGCGUUGUGUACGAUGUUCCGAACGCGGUGCUCAUGGAGCAGAAGCGCUUUGUGAAGGCUGGUCUAUCUGUGGAGAACUUCCGUACUUAUGUGACACUGAUUGCGGCAGAGGUCAAAGACUUCAUUAAGACGGACCCUGCAUUUUUGCCGCUGCAGAAGGGAAGCCCGUCGGUUGUGGUGGAUAUCUUCAAUGCUUUCAGUGAAAUUACGAUCCUGACUGCCAGUCGCACUUUGCAAGGAAAGGAAGUGCGCGAAAAUUUGGACAAGUCGUUUGCAAAACUCUACCAUGACCUGGACUCUGGAUUUACACCAAUCAACUUUGUUAUUCCCAACCUGCCUCUGCCUAACAACUUCCGCCGUGACCGUGCGCAGCGUCAAAUGAGUGACUUUUACAUGGGCAUCAUUAAAAAGCGCCGUGAGGGAAGCAUCGAGGGUACGGAACAUGAUAUGAUCAAUGCCCUUAUGGAACAAUCCUACAAGAAUGGACGUGAGAUUAACGACAGAGAGAUCGCUCAUAUGAUGAUUGCUCUUCUUAUGGCGGGUCAACACACUUCGAGUGCCACAGGUAGCUGGGCAAUGCUUCGCUUGGCAAGCCGUCCUGAGUUUAUCGAGGAGCUGUACGAAGAGCAGGUCAAAGUUUUCAGCGAUGGUGCUGGUGGUUUCUCUCCUUUGGACUAUGACAUUCAAAAGUCGUCGCUACCGGUUCUUGACGCGGUGAUUCGUGAGACACUGCGCAUGCAUCCUCCGAUUCACAGCCUUAUGCGUAAGGUGAAGUCGGAUAUUCCUGUUCCUCCUACUCUGGCCGCGCCCAAGUCUUCCAAGCCAGGUGACAACAAUGCGUAUGUUAUCCCCAAGGGUCACUAUGUGAUUGCGGCUCCUGGUGUGUCGCAGAUCGAUCCCCAUCUCUGGGAAGAUGCGGAUGUAUUUGACCCGCAUCGCUGGUUGGGUGAUCGCGCAAAGAAGUACGAACAGUCAGACGACAAGCAAGAGGAUUUCGGUUGGGGUAUGGUCAGCACAGGCGCGAACAGCCCCUACCUGCCCUUCGGCGCUGGCCGCCACCGCUGCAUUGGUGAGCAGUUUGCUUAUCUCCAGCUAGGCACGAUUAUCGCUACAUUUGUGCGCGCCUUCAAGUGGCGUCUGGAAGACAAGCUUCCUCUGCCUGACUACACAUCGAUGGUCGUCUUGCCGUCGCAGCCGGCCAACGUGGUGUUCACCCCUCGCAAGUGA